CCCUCUCUAAACGACUUCCCCUCUCUAAACGACUUUCUCUCUCUAAACGACUUCCCCUCUCUAAACGACUUCCCCUCUCUAAACGACUUCCUCGCUAUCACUCCCCCCUUCCAGUCUGGUUGUAGGCAUCAACUGCCCAUCCUCUCCCCUUAUAUAUACACAAACUUUUGUCACAACAGCCCAAAGCAUUAGCCCUAGCCCUAGCCCUAGCCCUAGCCCAGCCCUGGCCAUGGCGGAGAUGGGAGCUCUAGGUGUGGCCUUAGCGGUGGUGCGCGGCCGCUGGUUCAUGUUCUUCGCCUCCUUCUUGAUCAUGUCAGCCGCAGGAGCAACUUAUAUCUUUGGGGUUUACUCUGAAGACAUAAAGUCAUCCCUUGGUUAUACCCAACAGAAUCUCAAUACUUUGAGCUUUUUCAAAGAUUUGGGUGCAAAUGUUGGUGUGAUCUCCGGGCUCAUCAAUGAGGUGACACCGCCUUGGGUGGUGUUGGCGAUGGGCGGGGUCAUGAAUUUGGGUGGUUAUCUCAUGAUAUGGCUCGCGGUGACGGACCGUAUCCCGACGCCGAAGCUGUGGCAUAUGUGCGUGUACAUUUGUGUGGGCGCCAAUUCGCAGUCGUUUGCGAAUACGGGCGCUCUCGUUACGGCCGUCAAGAAUUUCCCGGAGAGUCGAGGGAUCGUCUUGGGUCUCCUCAAGGGAUUUGUGGGCCUGAGUGGUGCCAUUAUAACACAGCUUUAUCACGCGUUGUAUGGUCACGAUUCGAAGUCGUUGAUCUUGCUCGUUGCCUGGUUGCCAGCUGCCAUUUCGUUUAUGUUCCUCUCCACCAUUAGGAUCAUGAAGCCCACUAGAGAUAGAGAUGAGAUCAAGGUCUUCUACUCCUUUCUGUAUAUUGCUCUGUCUCUGGGUGCUUACUUGAUGGUGGUGAUUAUCAUCGAGACUCGCAUCAACUUCUCCGGGUCAGCUUUUAAGGGGGCAACAGUCAUGGUGGUGGUCUUGCUCUUUUUCCCACUAGCUGUUGUGAUCAAGCAAGAGCUAGCCAAAAUCAGGCAACCCAUCUUGCCAUCUAACCAGUCCUACCCCAUCGAGUCACCCGAGCCCAAGCCGAGCGAAUCAAUGCUUGAGCCCGCAAAAGCAGCCGAGGCCCAAGCGGUGGCCACAGACACCAAGCCUGCCUCUCUAUGGAGAGGCACCUUCAAGGCCCCCAAACGAGGUGACGACUACACAAUUCUCCAAGCCUUAUUUAGUGUUGACAUGAUAAUCCUAUUUUUAGCCACAAUUUGUGGUGUGGGGGGCACCCUAACAGCAAUUGAUAACAUGGGUCAGAUAGGUAAGUCCUUAGGAUAUGGUCCCCAAGGCAUAAGCACCUUUGUCUCUCUAAUCAGUAUAUGGAAUUUCUUGGGCCGGGUCAUGUCAGGUUUUGGGUCCGAAAUCGUCUUAGCUAAAUAUAAAUUCCCACGCCCACUCAUGCUCACCAUAGUCAUGCUUUUCUCUUGUGUUGGUCAAAUUCUCAUUGCCUUUCCAUUUCCUGGUUCAGUCUUCAUAGCCUCAGUCAUCAUAGGCCUGUGUUUUGGUGCUCAAUGGCCUUUGCUCUUUGCUAUAAUCUCUGAGAUUUUUGGCCUCAAAUAUUACUCGACCCUUUAUAACUUUGGUGCCGUUGCUAGUCCUGUGGGUUCAUAUAUAUUUAAUGUUAGAGUUGCUGGUCACCUCUAUGACAUAGAAGCGGCUAAGCAACUGGGUGGAAAGGCUUUGGCUCCAGGGGUUGAGCUCACAUGUACAGGGAACCGGUGCUUUAGGCUCUCCUUUAUUAUCAUAACAGCUUGUACAUUGCUUGGUGCUUUGAUUUCCAUUGUUUUGGUUGUGAGGACAAGAGAGUUCUAUAAGGGGGAUAUCUAUGCCAGGUUUAGAGAGGCAGCAGCCUCGGCCUCCAUCGAGAUGGAGACGGAAAGCAAGCCACCUUUCAAAGUGAAGCGUAUGCAUGUGGGAGAGAUACCCUUAAGCGCCAUAUGA